GCCUAAUAAUACCAGCAGCGCUACGCCUUUAAGAGCAAGAUGAGUUGGAAAUCCUAUCGGUCCACAUUUAGAGUGCAAGUCUUUAUGAAUUACCAGAGCAGAAGCUCCAACGGGAUUAGAGUUACGCACGGCGAGCCAACUCGGCGUCCGGUGGCUUUUACACACACUUUGUAUCCACGGGAGACACUCGUCACUCGGUACUGAGUCGGUACCGCCUCAGCCCAGAACGCAACGAGUCAUGGCCGAGACUGGGAACACUGGGAAGGGGGUCACCGCUGGGAAACUGGCCAUCACCGUCCAGAAAAGAUUGAGCAGAGCGCAGGAGAAGGUUUUGCAGAAACUCGGCAAAGCAGACGAGACCAGAGAUGCCGUCUUUGAGGAGAUGGUGGCCAAUUUCAACAAGCAGAUGGGAGAAGGCACCAAGCUGCAGAAGGAUCUGAAAGCGUACAUGGCAGCAGUGAAGACUUUACACGAGGCAUCACGGAGGCUGCAAGACUGCCUGGCUGACAUGUACGAACCAGAGUGGUUCGGCAAAGAAGAGAUGAACGCCAUGGUGGAGGAGAUGAUAGAGAAGGAGAUGGACAAUAACUUGGAGGACACAGACACACUGUGGUUGGAUUUCCAUCAGAACAUCACUGACAGCUCGAUGCUUUCCAUUGAUUCGUACCUGGCUCAGUUCCCUGAAAUCAAGGCUCGCAUUGCAAAGCGGGACCGUAAAAUGGUGGAUUUUGACAGUGCCAGGCACCACUUUGCCUCCUUGCAGAAAGGCAAGAAAAAGGAUGAGGCCAAGAUCGCCAAGCCUGCAGCCUUGUUGGAGAUGGCGGCGCCAAGCUGGGCUCAGGGUUUGCUUUCAGCCCACCAGGUGGCUCAGACUAACCUGUCCUACAAUCAGGCCGAGGAGGAGCUCGGUCGCUCUCAGAAGAUUUUCGAAGAGCUAAACGUGGAAUUACAAGACCAGCUUCCAGUGCUGUGGGACAGCCGUGUUGGCGUCUAUGUUAACACAUUCCAGAGUCUGGCGAAUCAUCAAGAGAGGUUCCACAAAGAGAUGGGCAAGCUGAGUCAAAACCUGAAUGACAUCAUGACCAAACUUGAAGAGCAGAGGCAGCUCAAAAAAGAUGGUGUAGGAGCCAAAGCGGGAGACACCGCAAAAAGCGAGGAAGCCAACCACAGCCAGGCCGCCAGCUCUCCACCAAAGAGGCCAAACCCGCUGCCUGCUCGACCUCCGCGACAUGCCGAGCCACUUGAUGACGACAUGCCUGACAUUAACACGGAGUGCGAAACAACACAGGCGCCAUCUUGGGACUCAUGGCAUGACCAGGAUGAGGAACCGCCCCAAGAAGGUGUUGGGGGUGCAUGGGAAUAUGAUGAUGGAGGUUCCCAGAGUGCAGAGUUGUACACUGAGCCCACUUGGUCUGACGAUGGUGCCAAUGUGGGUCAGGGGGGAUGGGGCCAUGAUGAUGAACAAGUGCAGGGUUCUGAAUCCAACAGCUCAGACUACAAACUCCCUCCUGGAUUCCUCUACAAGGUUAAGGCCGUCCAUGAAUAUGCUGCCACUGAUGGGGAUGAGUUGGAGUUGACCGUUGGAGAUGUUGUGCUUGUGUUGGCCUUUGACAACCCCGACGAGCAGGAUGACGGCUGGCUCAUGGGUGUGCAAGAAUCUGCCUGGAUACAAAACAAAGAUAUUUCAUCCAAAGGUGUCUUCCCUGAAAACUUCACGCAGAAGCUUUGAAGUUCACACAGCCUUCUUAAAGAAGUUCUUUUUGGAGUUGUUAUUCUUCACGUAUUGUUCACACGCAAACAAGUGAACAAGAAAGGAAUGCAGUGUGUCAGUGGCAGACUUUGAACGUCACAUAAGAGGGUACAGCUCACACUGAGGUGACAGUCAAGUGACUACAUCAGGACAUCACUUUGCUAGCACCUGAAACUGGUCAGUGAUGCAAACACGGAAUUCACCUCAACCUGUUGACAUAGCUUUUUUUAGUUGAAUUGUGUUGUCAUGUUGAUAUCACUGCUUUCAUGCAUUUUUCUCAUUUUUUAAGAACGCAUGAGAUAGUCUUGGAAAUAUUUGAUUGGGUGGAAAACUUCCAUGAAGCAGUUAUAUUAUCAAUAAAAAUUGAUGAAACAUGCCUGGUCCUGUUUAUUUCAAAUUU